AGCUGGUCACAUGAGUCUGAAUUUUCAUUUCAGUUCAUUAGUCAGCCAUUUUGGUCAACACCCUCCUUAACUGCGCACAAUCCAGUCCUAUUAUCACUCUGUAUCUGGCUUGAUCUGAAAGGGGGAGAGAGAGAGAGAGAGAAGCUAUAGAUCUCAGUGGAUCCUGGAUACCUUUUCUUCUCAUUCUUUUCAUUGUUGCUGUUUUACCAUCUUUGGUGCGUUUUUUUUUUUUUUUUUUAAGAAAAGGCUUUUUUUAGGACACAGCAAAGAGGGCUAUUUUUUGCCCCCCUGAUGCAGAGGCCCUGCUUGAGGUGGUUCUUUAGGAAUAAUAGCUCCUAGUGAAACCGAGUGUGCGUGCCCGGGUGUGCAGCGGUGCAGAAGAGAACGGAGAAAGGGAAACAGCUGAGAAGGGGUAUCUUCCCCCCUUCCCCCGUGCCUUGCUUUCCUCAAAGUAGUGCAUUGUCUGUUCUCGAGCAAAUCUUUCCUGCGCUGGCAAGGCAUUUGCUUUUUCUCUUCGACGGGAAGAUUUUUUUCCUUUUUAUGGUUUUGUUUUUUUUUUGUUUUUUUUUCCAAAUUUGCUUUAUUGUUGUAUCAGCUGAGUCAUCAUGUCCGCUCUGACGCCUCAAAGCGAUACGCCAACUCCCACCACAGACAAGAUCACACAGGCUGCCAUGGAAACCAUCUAUCUUUGCAAAUUUCGAGUAUCCAUGGAUGGAGAAUGGCUCUGUUUGAGAGAGCUGGAUGACAUCUCUCUCACGCCUGACCCCGAGCCUAGCCAAGAAGAUCCCAACUAUCUCAUGGCUAAUGAACGCAUGAAUCUGAUGAAUAUGGCAAAACUAAGCAUAAAGGGCUUGAUCGAAUCCGCUCUUAAUCUUGGGAGAACCUUGGACUCUGACUAUGCACCUCUUCAGCAGUUCUUUGUAGUGAUGGAGCACUGCCUUAAACAUGGCUUAAAAGCCAAGAAGACCUUUCUGGGCCAAAACAAGUCAUUUUGGGGACCUUUGGAAUUGGUAGAGAAGUUUGUCCCUGAAGCUGGAGAAAUCACAGCAAGCGUUAAAGAUCUUCCAGGGCUGAAGACCCCUGUGGGGAGAGGAAGAGCCUGGCUUCGUCUGGCAUUAAUGCAGAAGAAACUUUCGGAGUACAUGAAAGCCUUGAUAAACAGAAGGGAAAUUCUCAGUGAAUUUUAUGAACCAAAUGCCCUCAUGAUGGAGGAAGAAGGUGCUAUAAUUGCUGGACUUUUAGUGGGCCUAAAUGUCAUUGAUGCAAAUUUUUGCAUGAAGGGUGAAGACUUGGAUUCUCAGGUUGGAGUUAUUGAUUUUUCAAUGUACUUGAAGGAUGGCAACAGCAGUAAAGGCAGUGAAGGUGACUGUCAAAUUACAGCAAUUCUGGACCAGAAAAAUUAUGUGGAAGAGCUCAAUAGACAUUUAAGUGCUACAGUCAACAACCUUCAGGCAAAAGUUGAUGCUUUAGAAAAAUCCAACACUAAACUUACUGAGGAGCUUGCGGUUGCAAACAACAGAAUUAUAACACUGCAAGAAGAAAUGGAGCGAGUCAAAGAGGAGAGUUCAUAUAUCUUGGAAUCCAACCGAAAGGUAAAUAAACAGGACCGAACUGCAGACGGACAUGCCCUUACUGAAGCGAGGAAACAAUUAAAGGAGGAAACGCAAUUAAGACUGGAUGUGGAAAAAGAACUUGAAAUGCAGAUUGGAAUGAGACAAGAGAUGGAGCUGGCUAUGAAGAUGCUGGAAAAAGAUGUUUGUGAGAAGCAGGAUGCACUUGUAGUGCUCAGGCAGCAACUGGAUGAUCUCAGGGCCCUAAAACUUGAACUUUCUUUCAAGCUUCAGAGUUCAGACCUGGGAAUGAAACAGAAGAGUGAAUUGAAUAGCCGCUUGGAGGAGAAGACCAGUCAAAUGGCUGCUACAAUUAAACUGCUUGAACAGAGCGAAAAGGAUUUGGUGAAACAGGCAAAAACCUUAAAUAGCGCAGCAAACAAAUUAAUUCAGAAGCCCCACUAGACAUUUUAAUUUUUGCAGCUGGUCACAUCACAACUCUGACAUCUCAGCUCUGUUAUGAGCAAAGAGCAAAAUGAAUUUGAGAAUUUAGAUGUCAGAAUUACAUGUUGUCACCUAAAGUUGGCGUGGAAUUUGGUGGGAGUUUUUUAAAAAAGAUUUUAUUUGGAAAUAGAAAAAUUAACUUUUAGCUUUCCUUUCCCCUAUUAAUGCUUAAACUUUGAAUAAACUACAAGCAAAUUGAUCAGUGAGUACUCCAGAAGGAAAAUAGAAAAAAUGAGAUUUGUGGCCAUGUACAUGCAACUGUAUACUGCACUUUUUUCCUUUUUUUAGUCUUUACAACGUAAGAGAAAAGUAUAGCAAUGUCCCUGCCUCACCCCAUAUGAUCAGGUUCAAAGAAAGCAGAUCUUUCUCUGUUUCCCUGUUGCAAAGCAGACUGAAAAAAACAGAGAGAGAAAAAUUGGGACCCUGCAGGAAACCAUAAUUUUGUAGAUUUUGUGGUUCCACUUGAUCAUAAGCAGGACACACACCCAUCAUGGUUAGAGCUUGCUUUUAGAAGUAUUUGGCCAUUAUUAACCAAAGGCUUGUUUGCACUGUACACUUUUCCACCUGAGCCUUGCUCAGAAUUUUUUGUAGAUUGGGAGUGCAUCUGAGAUGUGGGGGCUGCACAGCGCCCUGCGGAAGAGAUAAUCCAGUUCCCAGAUCCUGUGCGUAAAAUCACCCAGCUGAAGCAGGAUGAGAACUUGUCUCUCACUUGAGAGAGCGGAGCAAACUACACUUCUCUCUGGACUCACUCUGGUCUUUGCAUUUUUCCCUCUCUUCAGCUUGCAGUUGAGAACAAUUGCAUUGUUUCCAAGAUUUUCCUUUUAAGGCUACCUGCCAGUUCAUCCGAUGAACAGCCCCUUUGUUUGAUGUAGCCGCCAGUGGAUGGGUAUUAAGGAGUACCCAUCGGAAGAACCCAGAGUUAAGACAAUGUAAAUCAUGCAGAUUCUCAUCGCUCAAAGUUGUCCCAAGAAUUUUGCAGUCCAAGGACGAGCUAAGAUAAUAAGCCAGCGCAGGCCACUUUCUUAACAGGGGAAAUAAUUCAUUCCUCCCCUUUAGGUGACAUGGAUGCAAAAUCUAGCUGUUAGCUAUUUUUUUAAUUGGUAAACCCUUCUUUCCCUUUGCAUUGCCUUCUACCUCUGCCUUUUCUCCCUAAAAGGUAGUGAUUCUCAUUUCCUGAUGGACCUUUUAUGAUAUGUGUGUGUUACCUUCCCUUCCUCUUUUAGGAAAGGCUGAGUAAUUGUUCCUUUCAUGCAUAAGAGGGAUAAACAGAACUGGUAGUGUUUUACUGCUGAUCCCUCUUUGACUGAGAGCGUACAAUAAUUGGGCCAUUGUUUAAAUCUGUCUUUUGCUGCUGUUAACAUUUGAUUCUGAGUGAUCUGGAUCAAACAAGGAAUUUGCUAGGAGCUGUAGUGAUCCUCUAAGCCUUAGACAGUCUAGUAAAACGCUGUGCUGCAACUCAACAAUAUGUUUUUUUUUCUUUUCCUAUUUCUGAUCAAAUCAGAGGUGGUUGUAAGAGGUCACUGUGCUAGAUCCUAAAGAGGUCUCAGUGUGUAGAUAAUUACCAACAUUUCUCAGACUAUCCAAACUAUUUUGUUUUCAUCUUAAAUAGUUCUUCAACCAAGUCCCCUCCAGAUGUGUGGAGCUACAUUUUCCAGCAUUCCUAGGCAGUACUGCUUUGGGCUAUAUUGAUUGAGGACUUGGGGAAGCGUAAACCUAGGAUAUGUCCAUGUGUGAUGGGUGUGUGUGAGAGAGAGAAAAAAAGGUGUUCUUCUCAGUUUCCAGUAGGAUUGAAAUAGUUUCAUCCUACAUAAAUCACCUUUGCUGUGUCCAGGCAAAAUUGGGAAACAGGAAAAAAGAUGGGAAGGAAAAAUAAUCGUCUGAUUUUAAAAUCUGUAUGGCUGUAAAAUCUCAUUCACUUCAUAGCUUAUAAAUCUGUCUGAUAACACCAGUCAGAUUUAUUUAUUUAUUUAUUUUGCUGGACCUUGAAAAAUUGCAUUUGGGGAUGGCAGGUUAAUUUCUAUCCAAAAGUAUUAGUACUUUCAUUAAAAUAUCUCAAUGGGAUACAGUCAAUGUUGUGAGAAUGCCCUAGAAUUACAAUUUGAGUUUUCAUAAAACCACACUGCACAUGUACAUUGGGUAUGUCUUUUGGCUGAUCUUCACUAGGUGUGAAAUUUAGUGGUAGGGAAUCACCCUCAAAAUUUUGGGAGAGAGGAGAAGUGUCCCUUCCCAAAUAGGGUAGGUGAAGUUUCCUUUGGGUCAAACUCAACUCUGGUUGACUUCAUGGUCACAGCCAUCUGGCUUUUUUGGCAACAGUGUGGAAGUGGUUUCCACUUGUCUUCUGGGGUGUCUAUAGCCUGGAAGCUUACAGCCCUGAUAUUUUCUGGUAGUUUCUCUUCCAUGUUAUAAGCAAAUCUGGCUCUACUAAACUUAUUAAGAUUAGCCAAGGUUGGUGCCUAGUCUAUUACCCGAGUAGGCUGCUUCACAUUUUUAUCCACAGUCCCAUCUAUUUAAAAUAUCCUUUGAACUCAUGCUUUGCACCCAGGAAAAAUGCGAUAGUCACCCCUGAGAAAUUAGGUUCCUGCUUGUGGGCUGUCAGGCUUCACCCAACAGGCAGGACUGAAACCACUUAACUCAUAAAACAUCCAAGAACUUCAGAAGAAUUUUACUGAAGAAAGUUAGAAACUAUACCUGCAGAAUUUCAGCAAUUGCUGUGUUGCAAGAACAGGCCUUAGAGAAACAACAUUCAACUCCUUCUGUAUAUCUUCCUCCUUCCUGUGUGAUAAAAGAGGCUGCUUGUCUCCCUCUUUUGUGUAAGCUGGCCUAUUUUCCUCUGUCUUUGGCUUUUGCAACAUGUUGGGAAUUACUCCCAGGUGGUUGUUCAGUCACUGUGUGAGAGAGGACUCUCUCUCUCUCAAGGGCCUUCUCCUUGAUUCCAGUGGGAGCAGAGAAUAUUACCUUUGCAGAAUUUCUCUACUGUGGAAUUCAUCCCACUGGUGUCUCCCAGCCUUGGGACAAACCGCUGACAAAGUGGGAGCUUUGAUAGCCAACUGGCACCUCUCCACCUCUGCAGCUGCCAACCAAACAUUAACAAAAGGCCAGUUUGAAUGUACAGGUGGCCACAUGGUACAGGUCUCUCUGUUUUCCACCUGGAGAUACUUUCUAAGAAUCCCCUCCAUGUAUUUUGAAGUAAUACAUUGCAGAUGGUGCCAUGGGACUGACUGAAUUCUUGAGCCUGUUUCAGUAGUGGAAAGGCAGGCAUAAUCCACAUUUUGGCAGAGCAAUUUAUUCUACCUGACCACCCUCCAGUUAAGCCUUCAUCCCAAGUAUUUGCCCCCUGGUGGGUGGAUUCAAGUAGCCAAAAUCAGUUUCUGUGUUGUGAUAGUAUACUUCCCCCCUUCUCCUUGUUGAGCAGCACCUGAAAUAGUCUGGGAACCCGAACCAACUGCCCACAACUUUGUAUUCGAUCUGGAACCCUGCGUGCUUCACCUGAUGUGACGGUUGUGGAUGGGGCUAGAUAAAUGCACUAAUAUCUUAGGUAUCCCAUGAUGCAAGUUCCGGUUACUUGUAUAAAGCUGCAGUGUAACGUAAUAAAGAACCCACAAAGACCUUUCACAUACUCUGUACUUGAGAUUUGCUUUGACUAUGGAUAAAAGUGAUGUUUUAUGUUUAUCAUCUAAUGACUGUAAACUGUAGUAAUAGAAUAAAAAAAUGGAAAAGAGAA